ACCCACUCUUCCGUCAAUUUCAGCACUUGUUUUUAUUCACAUAAUUUACUAUAUAAAACGCAAGACAAUACAGAUGAAAUCAUCACUUAAUGAGUCUAGCUACGGACACAAAUCAGAAUACUCCUACUACUCAACUUCAUCAUCAUUGGAAAAAAGUUGCUACGAAGAAAUAUUGUUAGCGUCGGAGCAACCAAAGAGGCGUGCUGGGAGGCGAAAAUUCAAGGAGACAAGACAUCCAGUAUACAGAGGAGUACGAAGGAGGAACAACAAUAAGUGGGUUUGUGAGGUGCGUGUUCCGAACGACAAGUCCACGAGGAUCUGGUUAGGAACAUAUCCAUCGCCUGAGAUGGCGGCACGUGCACACGACGUUGCUGCGUUGGCGCUCCGUGGCAAAUCAGCUUGUGUCAACUUUGCUGACUCGGUUUGGCGGUUGCCGUUGCCGGUGUCGACUAACGUGAAGGAGAUUAGGAAAAUGGCGGCGGAGGCUGCUUUAGCAUUUGAGGUUGAGGAGAGUGAUGAACAACUGAUGAUAAGUAGUGAUUCUCAUGUUUGCAACAGCGAUAUUAAUAGCGUUGGUGUUAUGGAAGAUGAUAAUAAAAGUUUGAAGGAAUUGUGUGUGGAAGUUCCAGGUGUUUCCAUAUUUGAGGAGCAGGAAGUGAUGCAUGACUGGUUCCGGAGUAUGGCAGAUGAGCCAUUACGAUCUCCGACGAGUCCAUUUAUGAUAUAUGGUAGGGAUCAUUGGAGUAACAUUGAUAUUGAUCAGGUUCAGGUGCCUUUGUGGAGCUUUACCAUCUAAUCUUGAUGUGUACCCAGUUUUGGCUUUAGAUACUCUCCUUCCUUAUUGGUUUGUGAGCAUAUAAAAUGUAUGUGUCUUUGACUAUUUAAUUACUAUUUUUGAACUAUAUAAUACCAUAAAUUAUAUUAAUCCUUA